AUGUACGGCAGUGCCAGAGCUGUUGGCCAUAUAGAGAGCAGCCCCGCACGGUCCCCGCGCCUGCCAAGGUCCCCCAGACUGGGCCAUCGGAGGGCCAACAGUGGGGGCGGGGGUGGUGCGGGGGGCAAGACGCUCUCCAUGGAGAACAUCCAGUCCCUCAACGCUGCCUACGCCACGUCAGGGCCCAUGUACCUUAGCGACCACGAGGGCGUGGGCUCCACUGCCACUUACCCAAAGGGCACCAUGACUCUGGGUCGCGCCACCAGCCGGGCCAUGUACGGGGGCCGCGUCACAGCCAUGGGCAGCAGUCCCAACAUCGCUUCCGUGGGGCUGCCCCACGCUGACCUUCUGUCUUACAGUGACCUGGGCUCCCUCUCCAUGCUGCACGCCCACCACCACCACCACCACCAGGGGGUGCCCUCUGCCCUGCUGAGGCAGGCGGUGCGGAGCAGUGGUGGGGAGCUGCUGGAGAUACAGGCCCAGUUCAGGGAGAUGCAGAGGGAGAAUGAUCUGCUGCGCAGGGAGCUUGACCUGAAGGACAGUAAGUUGGGAUCGUCCACCAACAGCAUCAAGAGCUUCUGGAGUCCUGAGCUGAAGAAAGAGAGAAUAAUGAGGAAAGAGGAGGCUGCCCGCACAUCGAUCCUGAAGGAGCAGAUGAGAGUGACCCAUGAGGAGAACCAGCAUCUCCAGAUGACCAUCCAGGCUCUGCAGGACGAGCUUCGCACACAGCGAGACCUGAACCACCUGCUGCAGCAGGAGGGCGGCAACCGCUCCGAUCACUUCACCACCAUCGAGCUGACAGAAGAGAACUUCCGUCGGCUGCAGGCGGAACACGACCGGCAGGCCAAGGAGCUCUACUUGCUGAGAAAGACGCUGGAGGAGAUGGAGCUGAGGAUCGAGACACAGAAGCAGACCCUGGGUGCCAGAGACGAGUCCAUCAAGAAGCUGCUGGAGAUGCUGCAGAGCAAAGGGCUGCCCUCGGGCAGGGCGUGCGAGGAGGAAGAGCAGGAGAGAGCCAGGCGAAUUGCUGAUGCAGAGGCCCAGCUGGGACACCUGGAGGUCAUCCUGGAUCAGAAGGAGAAAGAGAACAUCCAUCUACGAGAGGAACUGCACAGAAGAAAUCAGCUUCAUCAAGAUCCAAGCAAAACCAAGGCCCUGCAGACCAUCAUCGAGAUGAAAGACACCAAAAUUGCCUCUCUGGAGCGCAACAUCCGAGAUCUGGAGGAUGAGAUCCAGAUGCUGAAGGCGAACGGCUUACUGAACACAGAGGACAGAGAGGAGGAGAUCAAGCAGAUGGAGGUCUACAAGAACCACUCAAAGUUCAUGAAGUCCAAGAUUGACCAGCUGAAGCAGGAGCUGUCGAAGAAGGAGUCGGAGCUGCUGGCGCUGCAGACAAAACUAGAGACCCUCAACAACCAGAACUCUGACUGCAAACAGCAUAUCGAGGUGCUCAAGGAGUCUCUCACUGCCAAGGAGCAACGUGCUGCCAUCCUGCAAACAGAGGUGGAUGCUCUCCGUCUGCGCCUGGAGGAGAAAGAGUCCUUCCUGAACAAGAAGACCAAGCAGCUGCAGGACCUGACGGAGGAGAAGGGAACUCUCGCUGGAGAAAUCAGGGACAUGAAGGACAUGCUGGAGGUCAAAGAGCGGAAGAUCAAUGUCCUGCAGAAGAAGAUUGAGAAUCUGCAGGACCAGCUGCGGGACAAAGACAAGCAGCUGAGCAACCUGAAGGACAGGGUCAAGUCUCUGCAGACCGACUCCAGUAACACAGACACUGCCUUGGCCACCCUGGAGGAGGCGCUGUCAGAGAAGGAAAGGAUUAUAGAACGUUUAAAGGACCAAAGAGAGAGAGAGGAUAGAGAACGUCUGGAGGAGGUGGAUUCGUACAAGAAGGAGAACAAGGACCUAAAGGAGAAAGUCAACAGCCUGCAGAUAGAGCUAACAGAUAAAGAGUCCAAUCUCAUCGAUCUGAAGGAACAUGCUUCAUCCCUUGCGUCUUCUGGCCUCAAGAGGGAUUCAAAGCUCAAAUCACUGGAGAUCGCUAUCGAGCAGAAAAAAGAGGAGUGUAGUAAGUUGGAGACGCAGUUGCAGAAGAAAGCCCAUGAGAUUGAGCUGCAGUCGGGCCCCAGAGGGAACCCAGAGUUCGGAGAUCGAGUGAAGCUGCUGGAGAAAGAGAUGAACUACUACAAGGACGAGUCUGGCAAGUCUCAGACGGAGGUGGAGCGACUCCUGGACAUCCUGCGAGAGGUGGAGACCGAAAAGAACGAUAAGGACAAGAAGAUCGCAGAGUUGGAAAGACAAGGAGUCAAAGACCAGACUAAGAAGGGUCCAAACAUAAAGCUGGGACCACAAGGAGACAAGAAAGGCUUAGGACAGGACCCUCGCAAGGACGGCUCCAUGGACAGUGGCCACCACGUAAAGCUGGAGGAGUUGAUGACCACGCUAGAAAGGACGAGGCAGGAGCUGGACGCCACCAAGCAGCGUCUGUCCUCCACACAGCAGUCUCUGCAGGAGAGGGACACACACCUCACCAACAUGAGACAAGAGCGCAGGAAACAGCUGGAGGAGAUCCUGGAGAUGAAACAACAGGCUCUUCUGGCAGCCAUCAGUGAGAAAGAUGCAAAUAUUGCACUGCUUGAACUUUCUUCCUCCAAUAAGAAGAAGACCCAGGAUGAGGUGCUGAGCCUCAAGAGGGAGCGGGACAAACUGAUGCACCAGCUCAAACAGCACACACAAAGCAGGAUGAAACUGAUCGCCGACAACUAUGAAGAUGAGCAAUAUCACCCACAUGGUCCUCACCACCCCCAGCCUCAGCCCCCGCACGCUCAGCCGCAGACCCAGCCCCAGUACCCCCACCCUCCCCAUGCUCAGCAGACUCAAUACUCACACACCACUCAUCCACAACAUCCUCAGCAUCCUCAGCAUCCUCAGACCCCCCAGCAGCACCCUCAUGCCCAGCAGCCACAAGCACAGUACCCUCACCCUCCGCAUCAGCAACACCCCCAACAGCACCCCCAGCAGCACCCCCAGCAGCACCCCCAGCAGCACCCACAGCAUCCCCAACCGGCUCCCCAGCACCAACAGCACCCACGUCCCCCUCAGCCCCAGCACCCUCACCAACAGCACCCCCAGCACCCAGCACAGCACCCAGCACAGCACCCAGCACAGCACCCACAUGGACAUCCCCCUAUGCAGCACCCUCACCCGCAGCACCCACAUGGUCCCCCCCAGCAAGGGCCGCACCCCCAGCAUCCGCAGCACCCUCAGCACCCGCAGCACGCCCAGCAUCCUCAGCACCCACAGCACCCGCAGCACCCGCAGCACCCACACCACGCCCAGAAUCCACGUCAUCCGUCGCCACAUCAUCGUGGAGGGCCAGCCCGCGGACCCCCACAUGCUGGUCACCGUCCCACUCCAGACCAGGAUGAUGAGGAGGGCAUUUGGGCGUAA